CAUUAGCUGACGACAACGUGUACUAUCAAGUCGUCUUCUGCAUCUAUCGUAUUUAUCUUUGACGAAAACUAUAAAAAGAAGAAAAAAACAAAUUCGAAAAUGGAACACGCGUCAGGCAUUGAAGCGUAGCCACAGAUAUUUUUUUUAAAUUCGAAUUAAGAAUAUGAGUGUGUUGCUGUUGUUAAAAAACAAAUAAGUUUCCAAAAUGGACGUUCAAAAAGGCGCGUUUAUUCUAUUUGCUUUCUACACACGGUUCGCGUGCUCGCAAGAUUAUUAUCGAAUGGGCACCAACACAAACGCUGCUGAAGCUUUGCAAUUCCUUCGAGAAUACGACAGGGAAGCGUCUGGAAUGUGCUACAGAGUGACGAUGUCCCAAUGGAAAUUCGUCACCAACAUAACGGAGUAUAACCGCCACAAAAUGCUCGAGGAGCUGGCCAUCAGCUCCAAGUUCGAGAGAUUAUCCUGGAGGAAGGCAGCCGCGUAUGAUGCGAGUAGAGUCUCCGACCCCCUGGGUAGAAGGCAGCUGAUGAAGAUCAUCCAGAGCAGCAGAGCAGCGCUGCCGGAUGAUAAGUUUAUAGAGAUACAAACCCUAAUAACCGAGAUGAAAGAAAUCUACAAUUCAGCCAAAAUAUGCCCAUUCGGCCAGAAACCCUACGACCCCCACAUACCACGCCCCACAGAAAACCCAGAGAACCAUCAACAAUACCACCUGGCCAGCGAGCCGUACCAGCAUUAUGAGGUCCAGGAAGCCCAAGAGUUCCCAAACUAUUGUGACAUGCAGCUGGACCCCGAAAUAUCCAGGAUUCUAGCCCAUUCCAGGAUUGAGAGCGAACUGCUGUACGUAUGGAAAAGUUUUCGAGAGAAAACCGGACCCAAAGUGAGAAACCGAUUUAUGAGAUACGUGCAACUGGCGAACCAAGCGGCUGUCAGCACUGGGUACAAAGACGCAGGUGACCAAAUGCGAGCCCCCUACGACGAUGCCUCUUUCCGCACAAGCGUUGAGGAAGUCUACAACCAGGUGGCGCCACUGUACAAGCAACUGUUCACGUAUGUGAGGAGGCGCCUGGUGCAAAGAUAUGGGGGCAGCGUGAGGAGUGAUGGGCCUAUACCAGCGCAUUUGCUGGGUAACAUGUGGGCGCAAAACUGGAAAUCCAUCAUGGAUCUGGUGAUGCCCUUCCCGCAGACUCCCAACGUUGAUGUUACAGCUGAGAUGCUGCGUCAGGGCUUCACUCCGCUUAGGAUGUUCCAAAUGGCGGACGAUUUCUACACGUCGAUGGGGCUGAAGCCGGCGCCGCCGGAGUUCUGGCGCGGCUCGCUGCUCGCGCGCCCGCCGCGCUCCGCGCAGUGCACCGCCAGCGCCUGGGACUUCUGUAACCGGAUCGAUUAUAGAAUCAAACAAUGCACAGAGGUGACGAUGCAAGAUUUGAUCUCUACGCACCACGAAAUGGCCCACAUACAAUACUACUUACAGUAUUCUGACCAACCGCAACUCUUUCGAGAUGGAGCGAACCCUGCGUUCCAUGAGGCAGUGGCUAAUGCAGCGACACUGUCAGUCUACAACUUACCUCACUUGCAGCGAGUGGGCUUAUACCAGAAUAAAACCCACGACCCCUACGAGGUGACAAUGAAUUUUCUGAUGUCCAUGGCCCUGGAAAAAGUGGCUUAUUUACCAUUCGCAUUUAUGGUUGACCAGUGGCGUUGGUCAGUCUUCGAAGAUGGAGUGGACAACAUGAAUACUAGAUGGUGGCAAAUGAAACUGCGAUAUCAGGGUGUGACUCCGCCGAUACCAAGAUCGGAGGCCGAUUUUGACCCGGGCUCAAAGUAUCAUAUAAUUUCUGAUCAAGAGUACAUAAAGUAUUUUCUGGCGACCAUAUUGGAGUUCCAAAUAUUUGAACAGCUGUGUCUGGCCUCUGGGCACAUCGGACACCUGCACGAGUGUGAUGUGUACAGGAGCAGGGAUGCUGGGAGACUGUUGAGCGAGAUAAUGCAGCCUGGAGCAUCAAAACCUGCCUCUGAGAUUAUAAGAAGCAUGACACGCGGACGGACAAACAGAAUCUCACCGGAGGCACUUGUUAAGUACUUCCGCCCUUUAGAACUGUGGUUGCGCGUACAAAACCGCGACGAACGCCUCAUUGGCUGGAAUUCAAAUCAUCUGGACGUUGCUCUGUUCGCGCCACAGAAAAGCGCGGGAAAUUACUAUGGAAUGUCAAAUGUUUUUGUUUUUUUCAUCUGUUUGUGGCUUGUUAAAUAAAGAGUUUUUAUUGUU